AUGCGUCGUCUUCCCAUUCUCUUUAUAUUAUAUACUUUAUUAAUUCGAUAUUCAAUAGAAGCUGGCACUGACGGAAAUGGCACAGGGAAUACACUAACUGGUGUUUCUACUUCAGGUGAUAAUGGAAAGGUUGAAUCUGGACAACAACCAGAUGGAUCAUCUAGCCUUACGCCAGGUUCCCCACCAGGUAGUCCUGAAGUACAGGAUUCUGAACAAGUAAAAGGCACUGAUGGAGAGAACCCUCCAACUACUGGAGAUGUAUCAAAGACUCCUGGAAAAGAUGAAAAAAAAGUUAAUGGCACUGAACAAGGCGAUUCUACAUCCAGUAAAACUAAAGAAGGAGCCACUACACAAGAUGCUUCUCUACCUAGCACUAAUGAUCAAACAGACCUAUCAAAAGGACAGAAUUCUGAUAAAGUAGCAGGCACUGAGGAAGAGAAGUCUUCACCUUCUGGCGGUGGACCACAGGCUACUGACCAAGAUAGCAAAGAAGUUACUGACACUAAACAAAGCGAUUCUGAAUCUAGUAAAACUCAACAAGGUGGAUCAUCAUCUGAUAAACCUUCCCAAGAAACCAUUACACAAGAUGGAUCUACAUCUAACACUGGCGAUCAAACAGACCCUUCAAAAGGCAAAGCUGGAUCAACGGAUCCCGUUAAACAAAGCCCUGAAUCAGGUGAUCAAUUGGAAACUAAAUCUGAAAUAAGCAAUUCUGAACCAGGUGCCACUGGAUCAGGUACAUCUCUACCAGAAGGAGCUAAAGCAGGUGCUUCUGCACCAACUGUUUCUGUAUCGGGUACUUCUGGCCAAGGAAAUGAUGUAACAGAACCCAAAAAAUCAUCCGAUGAUGCACAAACCAAAGUAGAUAAAUCAGCAAGCAAUUCUGAUGAUCCAAAUCCAAAAGCUAAAGAAAGUGAGAAUCCAUCUGGAGAAGACAAUACAGUAAAAACUAAUACCGACGAAACGAAUGAUACUUCAGUAGGAAAAGAAAAACAAUCAUCUGAAGAUCCAGAAAAAGUAGACACUCCACCCACACCUGUCUCCGAACCAGCAUCUGAUAAAGGAGAAGUACCAAAGAAUCCAGGAGCACCUGAAAAUAAAGAACCUGGUUCAGAACAAAGUGAUACACUUACAUCCAAUCCUACCUCUGAUUCACAAAGUAAAAUUUCAUCUCCUUCUGUUGAUAUUCUACUUCCAACAGGUCAAGGAUCUGAAAAUCAUCUUGACAUUCCACAAGGUGAUAGCCCACCUGUAGAGCCAUUACCAGAUUCUAUUCUAACAAUGCCUGUUGAAAAUUAUAAUGUAAAAUCUGCUAUGUUAAAGAAUUAUAAAGGAUUAAAAAUUACAGGUGAAUGUAAUGCAAUCUUUAGCAUAUUUUUUGUACCUUAUAUACAUGUUGAUGUUGAUACAAAAGCAAAUCAAAUUUCUGUAACAUCAACAAAAAAUGAAAUUAAGGGCACAUCUGAAGGUGUUCCAACACAAUCAAUAAAUUUCAAAUCUGAAGAAGAUAAUUUACAAAAUGAAUGUGUAGAAAAUAAAACUUUCAAAAUAGUAGUUUACCUUGAUAAUGAUGUACUUUAUGUUAAAUGGAAAGUCUAUGAUCUAUCUGUAGAAACUCCACCAAAUACAAAUGUUGAUGUAAGAAAAUAUCAGUUAACAAAUUUCGAAUUUCCAAUAACAUCUAUUCAAGUACAUAAUGUUAAAGUGGGUUCAAAGAUUGUUACCCUUGAAAGUAAAAAUUACACAAUAAAUGACGAUGUACCAGAAAAAUGUGAGGAAAUAGCUAGCGACUGUUUCUUACAUGGAAAUGUAAACAUUGAAAGAUGUUACAAGUGUUCAUUGUUAUAUCAAAAAAAACCAUUAACAGAUCAAUGCUAUAACUAUCUAUCCACUGAAUAUAAAGAAUCACUACAAGCAGACAAAGUUACCGCUCAAAGUGAAGAUGAAAUUAAUUAUGGAGUUAUAGGACAUAUCGAUAAUAUAUUAGAUGGUAUAUUUAACGUAGGUGAUAAUAAUAAAGAAUUAAAAAAAUUUGAAGAAUUAAGUGAUGAAACAAAAAAUGAUAUAUUAUUAUAUUGUAAUGAAUUAAAAGAAUCAGAUGUAAGUGGAACAUUAGAAGAAUAUGCUUUAGGCGCUGCUGAAGAUGUAUAUACUAAUUUAACAAAAUUAAUAACUAAUAAUAUGGAAGAUUCUAUUGCAAAAUUAAAAAGUAAAUUAAUGAAUCCAGCUAUUUGCUUAAAAGAUGUAAACAAAUGGGGAGAAAAAAAAACAGGAUUAGUAUUACCUGAAUUGAGUUCAAACAAUUCUGAUAAUACAAAUGAAAAAGAUGAUACUAAAACGGAUAUUAAAUCUGAUGAAAAAUUAGAAGAAGGUUUUGAUGGAGUUAUUGAUUUACCUUUAUUACAUGAAAAUGAAUUAGCAGGAUAUACUACAAUUGAAGAUUAUCAAUAUUGUAACAAUGAAUAUUGUGAUAGAUUAAAAGAUAAAACUAGCUGUAUAUCUAAAAUAAAUGUAGAAGAACAAGGAAAUUGUGCUACAUCUUGGUUAUUUGCAUCUAAAUUACAUUUAGAUACUAUUGGUUGUAUGAAAGGACAUGAUAAUUUUAGUGCAUCUGCUUUAUAUGUAGCUAAUUGCUUUAAAAAAGAUUCUAAAGAUAAAUGCUUAACCGGUUCUAACCCAUUAGAAUUCCUUAACAUAAUUGAUGAAAAUAAAUUUUUACCAACUACAUCUAAUUUACCAUAUUCAUAUAAAAAAGUUGGAGAUGAGUGUCCACAAACUAUGGAAAAUUGGACCAACUUAUGGAAAGAUGUAAAAUUAUUAAAAUCAGAAAAUAAUGAUAAAUCAUUAAAUACUAAUGGUUAUAUAUCAUACCAAAGCAAACAUUUUAAAGAUAACUUUAAUGAAUAUGCUAAUUUAAUCAAACACGAAAUUCAAAACAAAGGUUCAGUUAUAGCUUAUGUUAAUUCAAAAGAUAUUAAUUCUUACGAUUUUAAUGGAAGUAAAGUUCAUAAAUUAUGUGGAUCUGAUACUCCAGAUAUGGCAGUAAAUAUAAUUGGAUAUGGAAAUUACCUUAAUGAAAAUAAUGAAGUUAAAUCAUUUUGGUUAGUAAGAAACAGCUGGGGUAAACACUGGGCUGAUGAAGGAAACUUUAAAGUUGAUAUAGAAACCCCAGAAAAUUGUGAACAUAACUUUAUUCACACAUUUGCUACAUUUAAUAUUUAUGUUCCAUUUGUUAAAAAAAAUACUCAAAGUGAAUCAGAAAUUAAUCUUUACUACUCAAAAAAUUCCCCAGAUUUUUUCAAUAACUUGUACUUAAAGAACUUAGAUGCAGACAACACAAAUAAAGAUUCUCUCAUUCAAGGACAAGAUGAACCUUCCCCAGGUACUACACCAGAAGGAAAAGAACAAUCAGCUGGAGAUGGCAAAUCGGUAUCAUCGCAAGGAGAAGGAACUCAGGAAAAAAAAGCAAAUGAAGGCAAGCAACCAUCUGGCAUAACAUCAACACAACCAACAGACCCACAACCCAAAGCUCAGGAAGAACUUCAAAAAGAAAAGGGAAAACAAGCACAAGAGCAAGUGCAAGAACAAGUACAAGAACAGGUACAAGAACAAGGAGAUCUUCAAAAACCAUCAACAGAACAAGUAGAAAGAACAGACCAACAAGGAAAUACAGAAGGUACAAAAGUUCCAGAAAAACAAGGUGAACAAGAAGGUAAACAAGAAGAUGGCAAAAAAGAAGAUGCCACUAAAGAAGAUCCUAACAAACCAAAAGAGCCAUCGUCAUCUGAAGGACAACAAAAUGUUCAACAGCCAACUGCUCAACAAGCUGCUCAACAAGAAGAUCAACCCCAAGCUGACGAACCACAAGCUUCUGAACACCAAGCCGAAAGUAUCACAGAAGCAGAAUUACCUGCAAAAUUAAAACACGAAUUUAUGCAUAUAUUAAAACAAAUAAAGAAUGGUAAAGUAAAAAUGAAUUUAGUUAAAUAUGGAACUGAAUUAAGCAUGGUUGAUGAUCAUAGUUGUUUAAGAUCUUAUGCUAUCAAUCACGAAAAAAAAAGUGAAUGUGAAGACUUUUGUUCUAAGAAUUGGAAUGUAUGUAAAGAUGAAAUAUCACCAGGAUACUGUUUAACUAAACUUUAUAAUUCAAACAAUUGCUACUUUUGUUUUGUGUAA